CAGAGCCGGGACGGGCGGCGGGAGAGCGGGACGGGAGCGAGAGGCAGCGCCAUGAGGGAGAUCGUGCACAUCCAGGCGGGCCAGUGCGGGAACCAGAUCGGGACCAAGUUUUGGGAAGUGAUAAGUGAUGAGCAUGGCAUUGACCCAGCCGGAGGCUAUGUCGGUGACUCAGCGCUGCAGCUGGAAAGGAUCAAUGUCUACUAUAAUGAAUCAUCGUCCCAGAAGUUUGUCCCAAGAGCAGUCUUGGUGGACUUGGAGCCAGGAACCAUGGAUAGUGUGCGAUCUGGUCCUUUUGGUCAGCUCUUCCGGCCUGAUAAUUUCAUUUUUGGACAAACUGGUGCAGGAAACAACUGGGCUAAAGGACACUAUACAGAAGGGGCGGAGUUGGUUGAUUCCGUACUUGAUGUAGUAAGAAAAGAGUGUGAACACUGCGAUUGCCUGCAAGGAUUUCAACUCACUCAUUCCCUGGGAGGAGGGACAGGGUCUGGUAUGGGAACCUUACUCAUCAGCAAGAUCCGAGAGGAGUAUCCUGACAGGAUAAUGAAUACCUUUAGUGUCAUGCCCUCUCCAAAAGUUUCUGAUACAGUGGUGGAGCCUUACAACGCUACACUCUCAGUCCACCAACUGGUUGAAAAUACAGAUGAAACCUACUGCAUUGACAAUGAAGCUUUGUAUGACAUUUGCUUCCGCACCCUGAAGCUCACCACUCCAACAUACGGUGACUUAAACCACUUGGUUUCUGCUACCAUGAGUGGGGUAACUACAUCCCUGCGUUUUCCGGGCCAACUCAAUGCUGACCUUCGGAAGCUGGCAGUAAAUAUGGUUCCUUUCCCACGCCUUCACUUCUUCAUGCCAGGCUUUGCUCCUUUGACAGCCCGAGGCAGCCAACAGUACCGAGCACUCACUGUUCCAGAGCUCACCCAGCAGAUGUUUGAUGCCAAAAAUAUGAUGGCAGCCUGUGACCCAAGGCAUGGGCGAUAUUUGACAGUGGCUACCGUCUUCCGUGGUCCCAUGUCCAUGAAGGAGGUUGAUGAGCAGAUGUUGGCCAUCCAGAACAAGAACAGCAGUUACUUUGUGGAGUGGAUCCCAAACAAUGUCAAGGUGGCAGUGUGUGACAUACCUCCUCGUGGCCUCAAGAUGGCUUCCACAUUCAUUGGCAACAGUACUGCUAUUCAAGAGCUCUUCAAAAGAAUCUCAGAGCAGUUUUCAGCCAUGUUCAGGAGAAAAGCCUUCCUCCACUGGUUCACAGGAGAAGGAAUGGAUGAAAUGGAAUUUACAGAAGCAGAAAGCAACAUGAAUGAUCUGGUUUCAGAGUAUCAGCAAUACCAAGAAGCAACAGCAAAUGACGGAGAGGAAGCAUUUGAAGAUGAUGAAGAAGAAAUCAAUGAAUAAAUAAAUUAGGUGUGCUAUUUUCCAAGGCAAAUUCUCAAACCUGGAUUUCUAAUAAUUAGGUUUACAAAUCAGUAUUUAGGCUUAAAAAAAAAAAAAAGGAAAAAAAAAAAGGAGCAUGACUUUCAGAUGUUAGAAGUGCUCUUCAGAGUCCUUUGAGAUCACUGAGAACUGAGGACAUUUAACACUUUUGGAAAUCAGGCCAUUUCUAUUAAUGAGACAAACACAAGACAUUCAUGUAAGACUUCAGCCUAAGAGUCUGAACGUGGAUUACUAGUUUGGAAUUCUAUUUUUUUUUCCAAACAAUGUUUGUCAUCCCUAAAAUUGUACAAGAGAAGACAUAAAAUAGGCAUGAAAAUCUCUGAAAUAGCACUGCCCUAUUUUGGUCCCAUUAUGAGUAAGAAAAUCAUGUGGGUUUGAAGUGUUCAUUCUGUGCUGAAUGUACAAUACUGAACUGCGAGGAACAAAAGUUAUUCAUAAUAAAAAGAAGAAAAAGCUCUUCUGUACAGUAACUAUUAACAGUGAUAUUUGACUCCAGUCCUCUAAAAACAAAUAAAAAAGAUCAGUAUUCUCUCAAACAAAA